AUGUCACAGGACAACGUCCGUAUCACAAGAGGCCGCUCGCAUCAGGUCUCAGAGGAUGGCGCUGCAGUUGGGCAAGGCUCCCCUUCUGCGCCACCGCUUACUGGCCUAGCUAGCGCAUCAACCAACAUUGGAAGCCAGGGUCAGCAGACUCUGCAAGAAGAAUUGCUCGCCACCUCGCUCAAUGCACUGAAGCUGUCUAUUGAGCAACAGCACGCAAAAGAAGUUCAACGUUACGAACAAGAGAACAAGGAGCUGCGCAGCUCUAUCAAUCGACUAGAGAAGCUACUUGAGCAAUCAAUGGCUAUGAGAGAGCCGGACACAAGAACGCCACAAGAGAGGCGCACACCAGCUGGACAUUGCACCGCCAGCCCAGCACAACGCACAACACCUGAGUCAGAUGACUCCAGCAACAAGACCCGUCUCCGUGUUGAAGACUUUCCCAAAUACAAUGGCUCAGCUAAGGGCAAGAACGAUGUUGAUACAUGGCUUGAAGAAGUCACAGCAAUUUUUGAAUUCUCUGGGGCCAGGGAGUCACAGUUCCUCAAGCUCAUUCCACGUCUACUUGAGCACGGCGCUUGCGACUGGUUUGUUGACCUCAAGGACCAGCGCUAUGAGAUGCACACCUGGGGUGACUGGCAAGAAGCAUUCCGCCUUGCCUUCCGGGCUCCAAACUACCUGGACGGCGUCCAUUUAGAGCUCUCACGCCGCUGCCUCAGACCUGAUGAACCAUUUGCAUCAUACUUCAGGGACAAGCUCAACCUUGUCAACAAGCGCUAUGGAUCUGGCAUUGAGACCUCAACCAAGAUUGAGGAGAUCAUCUUUGGGAUGCCUACAGCCAUGCACCCAUUCAUCCGCACUGCCCGCACGCCAGACAUGACAUUGGAGGAGUUCCGUCGCCUCCUCAUGGAGCUGGAGGAUGGUCUGCGCGCCAACAGCUUUGGAUCAAGGCGCAGCGACCGACAACAGUACACUGACAACAACAACCGCCGCUAUGUACCAAAUGAGCGGGCUUAUCCACCUCGCAAUCAUACCUGGGCGCGCCACACAGCCUCUCCAUUGCCACUGCGGCAACAGGAAGUACCCCAACGUGACACAACGCCACGACCCUUUGCGCCAAGGACUCCAGCUGCAACGCCAGCUCCCCGCUAUGCUGGUGUCGCCGCCACCUGCUACCGUUGCGGCAAAGUAGGACACAUCUCUCGUAACUGCCCAUUGCUACCCCAACAAGGCCCAACCAGCAAUGCGGCAGUAACGCACGCCCUUUGA